UAAUUUCAGGUGUUUUUGAAAAAAAAAAAUCACAAUUUGGAUGUGAGAAAGGACAUGAGGAGACCAAAGACCUGGGAUUUUGCUGAUCAGAAUGAAACAAAUGUUGAAAGACUUUUCAAAUCUAUUGUUGGUGGUGCUCUGUGACUGUGUUCUUGGAGAAACCGAAUACCUCCUCUUGGGAGAGCCAGGCCAUGUAGCGCUAAGCAACAACACUGUGUCUGUGGAUUUCCAUUAUUUCGAUGGUGCUAAUGGGACGCUGAGGAAUGUAUCUGUCCUGUUGUUGGAGGCCAAUACCAAUCAGACUGUUACCACUAAGUACCUCCUGACCAACCAGUCCCAGGGGACUCUCGAGUUUGAGUGCUUCUACUUCAAAGAGGCUGGCAACUACUGGUUCACGAUGACUCUGGAAGCGACAGAUAACAGCACUCCAGUCCCCUGGUGGGAGAAAAGUGCCCUUCUGAAGGUGGAAUGGCCUGUCUUUCACGUUGACUUGAAUAGGACAUCCAAGGCAGCAGAAGGCACCUUCCAGGUGGGGCUUUUUACCAAUCAGCCACUGUGCCCAUUCCCUGGGGACAAACCCGACAUCAUGGUGGAUGUGAUCUUCACCAACAGUCUUCCCGAGGCAAGAACAAGUCAGGGACAGCCACUGGAGAUAAGAACCAGCAAGAAGACAGAACUCUCUCAAGGCCAAUGGGUUGAGUUUGGCUGUGCACCCGUGGGGCCUGAAGCCUAUGUCACUGUGGUGCUGAAGCUGCUUGGCCGAGACUCGGUCAUUACCUCCACAGGACCCAUUGACCUGGCCCAGAAAUUUGGAUACAAACUGGUGAUGGUGCCGGAACUCACGUGUGAGUCUGGGGUGGAGGUGAUGGUACUGCCCCCGCCAUGCGUCUUCGUCCAAGGAGUGAUCGCCGUCUUCAAGGAGGCCCCCAGACCCCCCGGGGAAAGGACCAUUCGACUGGCUGAAAACAGCCUGACCUUGGGAGAGAGGAGAACAGUAUUCAACUGCACUUUGUUUGACAUGGGGAGGAAUAAAUACUGUUUUGACUUUGGCGUUUCCAGCAGAAGCCAUUUUUCCGCAAAGGAGAAGGAGUGCAUGCUAAUUCAGAGAAAUAUAGAAACUUGGGGACUGUGGCAGCCGUGGAGCCAGUGUAGUGCCACGUGUGGGGAUGGUGUCAGAGAGCGUCGCCGCGUGUGCCUGACUUCCUUCUCCUCCAGACCUGGCUGCCCCGGAAUCUCCUCGGAGACCUCCCCAUGUUCCCUGGAGGACUGUGCUGUUUUCCAGCCAUCCAGUCCGUCUCCUCUUCAGCCCCAGGGCCCAGAGAAGUCCAACAACAUUGUGACGGUCACCGGCAUUUCCCUGUGCUUGUUCAUCAUCGUGGCCACCGUCCUCAUCACGCUGUGGAGGAAGUUCGGCCGCCCCCCCAAGUGCAGCACCCCCGCUCGGCACAACUCCAUCCACUCGCCCAGCUUCCGGAAGAACUCGGACGAGGAGAACAUCUGCGAGCUGAGCGAGCAGCGCGGGAGCUUCUCCGAUGCGGGGGACGGGCCUGCGGGGGGUCCGGGGGACAUGAGCAUCCCUCUGACCUACAGGCGGAGUGUGCCGGCCGCUCCCGAGGACGACGCUUCCGGCAGUGACAGCUUCCAGUCCAACGCCCAGAAGAUAAUCCCGCCGCUGUUCAGCUACCGCCUGGCCCAGCAGCAGUUGAAGGAGAUGAAAAAGAAAGGCCUGACAGAAACCACUAAGGUGUACCACGUGUCUCAGAGUCCCCUGACGGACACUGCCAUCGACGCCGCCGCCGCGCCCCCCUUAGACUUGGAAAGCCCAGAGGAAGCUGCCGCAAACAAGUUCAGGAUCAAAUCCCCAUUUCUGGACCAGCCUGCCGUCAGUGCCGGGGAAAGGCCCCCCUCCAGGCUGGAUUUCACCGUCUCUCAGGCCAGUUGCGCCGUGAGCCCCAGCCAGACCCUGAUCCGCAAGUCCCAGAUGAGGCACGUGGGCAGCAGAGGGGGGCUGUCGGAGCGGAGCCACCCCAGGGGUUCCCAUUUCCGGAGGACGGCUAGUUUCCACGAAACCAAGCAGGCCCGGCCGUUCCGGGAGAGGAGCUUGUCCACUCUGAGCCCGCGGCAGGCCCCGGCCUACAGUUCUAGGACGCGGACCUGGGACCAGGCAGAAGACAGACUUCGGCCUCAGAGUCGAGGUGCUGCCCUGCUUCCUGAGAAACUGGACCAUUUCCAAGGGGCAGUUGGAACCGGUGGUUCAUUAAGCCCUCUCCCUAAAUCCUACCCCUUGGGGCAGCCCACCAGGAAACCAGACCUGGGGGAUCGCCAGGCGGGAUUGGUGGCAGGAGGUGAGAGAACGGAGCCUCACAGAGCUCGGAGGGGACCGUCCCCCAGUCACAGGAGUGUCUCAAGGAAGCAGCCUUCCCCCACGGCCCCCAAAGAUAGCUACCAGAGGGUCAGUCCUCUGAGCCCAUCUCAAUGUCGGAAAGACAAGUGUCAGAGCUUCCCGGCCCACGCCGAAUUUGCCUUCUACGACAAUACAUCAUUCGGCCUCACUGAAGCAGAGCAGAGGAUGCUGGACCUCCCGGGGUAUUUUGGGUCAAAUGAAGAGGAUGAUACCACAAGUACUCUUAGCGUGGAGAAGCUGGUCAUCUAGACCAAGAACCAGCCUGAGACUUCACACAACUGGGGUCCUGUGCUCAGGUUGUGAUAUCAGCUGCUCACAUUGUUCUGUAGACUGUUUUGUAUAACUAUUUGUUCAGUAGGACAGAAUGGUGGGGGGAUAACUCACGCAGACCAGCAUGUGUGUGUGCCCAGGUCUUUUAAUUCAUAAGGAAGAAGUUAUUUAUCCUGACUUUCCCUUUGUUAUCCUAUUUCUGUUGGUUUAUUACUAAUAACGAUAAUAAAAUUUAAA